AUGUCGCAAGAAAUUUCAAUCAUCGACAGGGCGAAGAAGGCAGCGGCUAAAAGAGCGAUUGAUGAAUACCUAAAGGACAAUAGCGUUAUUGGGAUUGGAAACGGAGCAACAGUGGCUUUUGCAGUUCAAAGAUUAGCCGAACGUGUUGCAGCGGAAGAUUUAAGCAUAGUCUGCAUAGCAACGUCAUACGAUGCUCAUCAACUAAUCAAAAAACACGGCCUGGCUUGGAGCGACUUGGAAACCUACCCAAAUCUCGAUUUCACCAUCGACGGAGCGGAUGAAGUAGAUGCGGAAUUGAAUGUAAUAAAUGGUGGAGGAAGCUACUUUACACAGGGAAAAAUCAUUGCGACAUGUUCGAAACAACUGAUUACUAUCGCCGAUUACUCUAAGAUGACACAGAAGUUCGGUGGGCCCAACAAGAAAAGGAUAGCCAUCGAGGUGAUACCUCUAGCGUACGUACCAAUACGCCAAAGGCUCCAGAAAAGGUUCGGAGGCAGCGUUGAGCUCAAGUUGACCGAUGCAAAAUAUGGGCCUCUUGUAACAGACAUUGGAAAUUUUAUCCUCGACUGGGACUUUCCUAAUGAUAUCACCGAUUGGCACAAAGUAAACACGGAAAUAAUGUUGAUACCUGGAGUAGUGGAAACUGGAAUUUUCUUAGGGUUGACAACAAAGGCAUAUUUCGGAAUGCCGGAUGGCAGCGUUAAAGUACAAUCCGAAUCUCAUAUACGUAGGUGA